GGGACAUUUGCUGAGCUUCCCGGGGGCAUUACGUAAAAACAGCAGAACAGUAAAAUCUUCCAGCUGAGAAGGCUGAAGAUCUGUGAGGGUGCAAAAGUCCAGUGAAAUAUCGACAAUCCCAGUAUUUUUUCAGUGUACAUCGCUUAAGGAUGUCCUACUGCACCAGGAUAAUCAAUCGGCAGGCUAAGCGCGCUGCUUCAGCCGCCCAUGCCAUGAGACUCCAGCAACGUCUCUUCCAUGCUUCCUGUGCCACAGCUUCCAAAGUGGCCAUCUCCAAGUUCGACAGCUCCGUCUAUUUGCCCUACGAGAAACUCACUUCGCGCAUUGAAAUCGUGAAGAAGAGACUCAAUCGUCCUCUGACCCUUUCUGAGAAAGUCCUCUAUUCCCAUCUGGAUGAUCCUCAGAAUCAGGAGGUUGAACGUGGAGUGUCCUAUUUGCGUCUCAGGCCUGAUCGUGUCGCCAUGCAAGAUGCUACGGCACAAAUGGCCAUGUUGCAAUUUAUCUCAUCUGGCCUGAAACGCGUUGCUGUACCCUCUACCAUUCACUGUGAUCACUUGAUCGAAGCCCAAAUUGGUGGAACGCAGGAUUUGAAGCGUGCCAAAGAUAUCAAUGCUGAGGUGUACAAAUUCCUGUCGACGGCUGGAGCGAAGUACGGAGUGGGUUUCUGGAAGCCGGGAUCUGGUAUUAUUCAUCAGAUUAUUCUGGAGAAUUAUGCCUUUCCGGGAUUACUGAUGAUCGGCACGGAUUCUCAUACGCCAAAUGGCGGAGGAUUGGGAUGUUUGUGCAUUGGUGUUGGAGGAGCUGAUGCCGUGGAUGUGAUGGCAGACAUUCCCUGGGAAUUGAAGUGUCCCAAUGUCAUUGGAGUGCAUCUGACAGGAAAGAUCAGCGGAUGGACUUCGCCUAAGGAUGUCAUUCUCAAAGUUGCUGACAUCCUGACGGUCAAGGGAGGCACUGGAGCCAUCAUUGAGUACCAUGGAAAAGGAGUGGAUUCCAUCUCGUGCACAGGAAUGGCCACAAUCUGCAAUAUGGGAGCUGAAAUUGGUGCAACAACUUCAAUCUUCCCCUUCAACAAUCGCAUGGCUGACUACCUGAAAUCCACCGGAAGGGCAGGAAUUGCCACGGAAGCCACGAAAUUCCAGGGAAAACUUCUUUCACCCGAUCAUGGAUGCAAGUACGAUGACGUCAUUGAGAUUAAUCUGGACAAACUGGAACCUCAUGUCAAUGGACCCUUCACUCCCGAUCUGGCACAUCCCAUUAGCAAACUCGGUGAGAAUUCCAAGAAGAAUGGCUAUCCCUUGGACAUCAAAGUCGGCCUCAUUGGUUCCUGCACGAAUUCCUCGUACGAGGACAUGGGCAGAUGCGCUGCCAUUGCCAAGGAUGCUCUGUCGCAUGGAGUCAAGUCCAAGAUUCCCUUCAAUGUGACACCAGGGUCAGAACAGAUCAGGGCAACGAUCGAACGGGAUGGUAUCGCUGAGACCUUCAGGCAGUUCGGAGGAACUGUACUGGCCAAUGCCUGCGGGCCGUGCAUUGGACAAUGGGACAGGAAGGACGUCAAGAAGGGAGAGAAGAAUACCAUCGUAACGUCCUACAAUCGAAACUUUACCGGCCGAAAUGAUGCCAAUCCUGCCACUCAUGCCUUCGUUACCAGCCCAGAAUUGGUGACUGCUCUGUCAAUUGCCGGGCGAUUGGACUUCAAUCCGCUCACAGACAGCCUCAAAGGGGCUGAUGGCAAGGAAUUCAAGCUGAAGGCUCCGUUUGGCGAUGAAUUGCCCAGCAAGGGCUUCGACCCCGGUCAGGAUACCUACGAUGCUCCACCUUCGGACGGUGGAAGUGUCAAAGUUGACGUUGAUCCCAAGAGCAAUCGCCUGCAACUCCUGGAACCCUUUGACACUUGGGAUGGAAAGGAUCUGGAGGAUAUGACGGUGUUGAUUAAGGUUAAGGGUAAGUGCACAACUGAUCAUAUCUCAGCUGCUGGUCCCUGGCUCAAGUACCGCGGCCACUUGGACAAUAUCUCCAACAAUAUGUUCAUCGGAGCUGUGAAUUCGGAGAAUGGAGAGAUGAAUAAGAUUAAGAAUCAGGUGACUGGGGAAUGGGGAGGAGUGCCAGAUGUUGCACGAUUCUACAAGUCCAAGGGUAUCAGAUGGGUGGCUGUGGGCGAUGAGAACUACGGUGAGGGAUCAUCGCGCGAACAUGCAGCUCUGGAGCCACGUCAUCUUGGAGGCCGGGCCAUCAUUGUCAAGUCCUUUGCCAGAAUUCACGAGACCAACCUCAAGAAACAGGGACUUCUGCCCCUUACCUUUGCCGAUCCUGCUGACUACGACAAGAUUCAGCCAACAUCGAAAAUCUCUCUGCUGGGACUGAAGGAUAUCGCGCCAGGAAAGCCAGUUGAGUGUGAAAUUAAGCAAGCUGAUGGCAAAGUGCAUCGCAUUACACUCAAUCACACACUCAAUGAGCAACAGAUUGGAUGGUUUAAAGCUGGCAGUGCACUCAAUCGCAUGAAACAAUUGGCGGCUCAGUAAGGAAAGAUGUGUCUUAAUUUCUUUUUUAAAGUCCCCCGCACGUAUCCCUCCAACUUUCUGCUGCAUCUUCUUGCGCACUCUGGCAAGACGUCAAAAGGUAAUUGCAAAAUGUAAUAAUAAUUUUAGAGAAAACAAGAAAACAAGAAGAAAAAAAAAAGAAUGAGUUAUCUUACUAUUCUAUUUACUUAUAUUUUUUUUCUCUUUAUUUUAUCAAUCUCUCCCUCCCCUUUAAAAAAAAAACUUCCCACAUUUCAGAAGAGAGAAAUUUCUCAAUGCAAACAUUUUACUUAAUUGUAGAGUCAGUAGAAGUUUGUAAAUAAUAUACCAACCAUUAUUUAUAACAAAUAUAAUGUCUCUAUUAGUAAAGUGACGAAGAGAAGUUAAACAAAAAAAAAACGAGAUAAUCACUGUAAACCUUCUCUCAUUCUUUUGGUGGCUUUAACAAAACAAUUUAUAUAUAUUUUGUUUACAUUGAGGAGGAAGAAGAAUUCUCUGAAGGAAAAGAGACCACCAAAAAAAUAUAAUGUACUUGAUUUAGUGGAAAAUUUUGGUGUAUUAGAAGAAAAAGGGAAGCCAGCUGAAGCGGAAAAAAUAUUGUAGCAUGAGAUAAAUUAGGUCCAAUCUUCUAAUAACACGUUUCUGUAAUUUUACUGACGAAUGUGGAUAAUUUAGCAGGAAAAAAAUGUAGGUAACAUUUAGGAUUUUUUUUGUUGUUGAUAUCUUUCUCAAAUUUGAGAGAGAAAAUAAUUGUGAAUACGAACCUCAACAGUGACGAGCAACAAGGAGAGAUUGCAAACUAAAAAAAAAAAACUAAAAAAACAGAAAUAUAUCUUAAGAAAGAAAAUCUGUAACACCUUCUUUCGACAAUAAAAUUUAUGUGAAAGAAAA